UCAACAGCCGCGGAUGCACCUUCAGAACAGUAAUGGAGACGGCGAUCCCAGUAUACUUCGAGACUCCGACAUUGCAGGUGGGAACCUGCCCCAGCCCAUCCGAUGAGCGAACGUCCGGAAGUGUUCAGCGACCAAUCGGACCAGGAGCCGAGGCAAGUGAAAACACUCGUCACAAGGUCGAGCCUCUACAAGAUGUCGGAGAUGCGUAGAUCGUUGGGAGCCAAUUCCCCAUCUGAGGGAUCGUUCAGAAGCUCGCUGACACCGGCCAUGGUCUCCAGUGUAUAUGACGGGGGAUUGUAUACCCAAGUUUGGUGUGGAGCGUUGGAGAGAACUUGAGCGACAGCAGCUAGGAACGUGACCUUCCGCCGUUGGAUGAGGUCAAGGCGUUGUUGGAGUAGUCGGGCUUCCCGAUGAGAUUCUACAAGGGGAAGAAGGUAUGGUCGGAUUUUGUGCCAACGUCUAGACGUCAAACGAGGAAAGUGCAUCAAAUGUACGCUUUCAGAGAAUCGGUUCUCCGCGGCUAGAGAAACAUCCUGGGCAUUGUGGCCUUCCUCGAUU